AUUAUUGUCAAAUAGUUUAUUGAUAAUUGUUGAUUUUAAUUAAUAAAUAAACAAUAUUAUUGUCUUCUAUAAUGUCCAUUCAAGUUGAAAACAAUUUAAAAGAUAGUAAUAAUUCAGAACAGGUAAAACAAAAAGCGCAUUACGUCCCAUGCAAGAUAGAAUCGGAUGGUAAUGCGAACGUAGAAAAAUAUUUCGAACCUUACGUUACAGAAAACGAGCAUGGAGAAUUAACUGGAACCUUUCGAGGACAUCAUCUCGAUGGUGUUAGAAUGAGUCUGCCUAAUGGAUACAGAGCUGUACUUGUUACUGAAGCUAAGAAACCAUUGGCCGAGGAUGCUGAUAGAAGAUUUCAGGUUGCUGGUGGUUUUAAAGAGUUUGUAUAUUGGAAUUGGGAUAAGAAACCAUCAAAGAAUGAUAACAUAGUUAAAGGUUUUGAAUGGAUGGACAUAGCUGACGCGAUACAUGGUGAUUGAAAAGGUAUGAAAUUGUAAGAUUUCAUUAACUAAGUAAAAUAAAUGUAAUUAUUGUAGAUAGCAUAGGUUUCUGAGACCACAAUCCUUUUU